AAAGCCAGGGUCUUUGAACCCUCGGCUAACACUUGAGAACCAUUUCUGGGUUUUUUUAGAUCUUGUUUAUUUUGUUCAUUGUUGAACUUCAAGGGAUUUUUUUAAGGAAGUUUUCGUGUGAGAAGACGGAUGGCAUCAUCUAGUAGUUCUAAACCGUCAUCCCGAAUUGAAGUGCGACGGGAUUCCUUGUCGGAAGCUGAAUCGAGCUUGAACUGGGUUGCUAAUAGUGAUAGUGAUACUCUCCCGAAUCGUACUCACAACGUCAUCAACUCUCUUGCGGUUGAUUCGGACUUGAAGUCUUUGAUGAAGGAAUACUUUGACAACUUCGAAAAGACUUUAGAGUUCUGUACUGCCCUUAAGGAUUGCCUCGAACAUGUUCGAAACAAUCACGGAAUUAUUGAGUCGGCGCUUAAAUGUUAUGAUGAAGAGGACAAAUUAGAAGUCGGGACCAUCGAGGAAAAUUCUGUUAAGGCCUUGGGGGAACUAAGGAAGUUCAAAGAAGCUGAAGAACCUUUCGUUAAGCAGUUCCUCGUACUGAAAAAAAUGGCCCAUAGGCGGUACGAAUCGAUGCAAGGGAAGGUGCGUGCUCUGAAGAAAACGCUCAAAAAGAAAUUGGAAUCAUGGGAAACAUGGAGGAGGGUGACAAUGGCCUUUUUUGUUGCCGCUUUUAUUUCUGUGUUGGUUUUUUCCGUGGCGGCGGCAACCAAAUCCGCAAAGCCUGUCAUAACAGCUUUGGCAGGUGCGUUGACGGCUGCUAUAGUUCCGCUGGGAACAUGGUGCAAUAAGUGGUGGAAGCGGAACAAGGAAGAGAUAAAGAAGCAGAAGAAGUUAACAACUAUAAUGGAUAUCUAUGGUUCUAGUGCAACCACCAUAAGGGCGCUUGUUGACCAAUUGGAAAUUAAGAAAAAGUCACUGUUGCACUCUGUUGAUUGCGUGCUCACUGAAGGAUAUACUUUGAAGGCUGCGAUGGAUGAUAUCAACGAAAAAUUGAAACUUGUUAUGCCUAUCAUUACACGUUUGCUUCGAAAGACCGAUGACUAUGGCAGUAAAUUUAGGACGGAUCGGGAAGAUACUCUGCGGCAGAUGAUGCAUAUGCUCUAGCACAUCAACCGGAGAGCGAAGAGAAUCCCUUGAGAACUCUAGCAAUGACAUACCUCAUCGUAUUUAUGGCGUAUCAAUUUUACAUUCCAGUUUAUGUGCAUUCAUGUUUGUAAUUUCAUAUAUGAUAUAAUGAUUCUAUGGUCCUAUGUGAUUAUAUACAUUUGAUCCUAUAUGAUAUAAUAUUGAUAUUGUUGUAUUCAACGCUAUAUGAUGAUAUUACGAUAUAUAUAUAUAUGUGAGUGAUGCAACGCUGCUAUGUAUUA